UGAACUUAAGGACACACACGCUCUCUCCAUCUCUUCUUUCUUCCCCACCUCCGUUGGAAAUAUUAUAGGGCUUUGGAACAUUUUAUUAUAUUACUCCUUCCAUCCGGUAAAUAAAAAUACCAGACCCGACCCGACCCAAAAGCCUGUCUGAGUAUCCUCUGAAACUCAUAUCCAUAGUAGAUGGAUACUUACUAUCGUCAUGGGCUUACUCUAGUUUCCACCCCUCUUCGCUACCCGAGCUGAUCGAGCCCAAUAGAGAUUUGGCUAUCAAAAUACCUAAUGGCCACCAGGCCCAAAUCUAAACUAUCUUCUGCUCAACUGUCUCCAAGGUGAUAAAAUGCAGAACAUGCCCAUUCUUGACCAAGAGAAUGGCUGUAUUAAUGGUUUAACCCUAUCUUGCUGCACUGUACAGGGAAUUAACUGAAUCAAGAGGACGUCUCAAUUUGUUCCAAUCCUUUCAAGUUGGUGAUUCAAGGGUAUGAUUGGGUAUUUGGGUUCUUCCUCUCCUUUGACUUCGAUAAUGUUUUCGGUCCCAUUCAGUUAUUCAAGGUGGUCGGAUUAAUACAUGGAAUUUCCAGUUCAACUCAUUCAGGGAGUCAGUUUAUAUGCAGAGGACAACUGGAUUGGAGUUCUCAUUCUGGCAUUUCGUCGAACACCAGAGCUUCCAACUUUUCCAAACAACCAAAACCCGUUAUUUUGGUUCAUCAAAUUAAACAGUCACUUAGCCAUUUUCAGCACAAACAAGGAUCUUCCCAAUCUCAACAAGUAAAUUACAAACAAAGAGCCGGCCGCCCGAUUGAUUCGAUUUAAAAUGUGGGGGCAAAAGACGGCCGCUCAAACUGCAAUGGACUAGGGCAGCAGAGCGGCAAUGGAAGCCUCCGUCUUUACUGUGAGCUCAUCACACUAACGUGCGCCACAAUUGAAACCUUUUCUCGUGGAAUACCACGCCACCCCUGACUCAAGAGGUAAAGCGCUCGGCCUGAACCUCUGCUUGCUUCUCUUCCUCCCCUUGCCUCAGGUUUUAUACUGUUGAUCCACUAGGGUUUGACUGUUUCACGUUGACCCUAUACGACGUCAUUUUUCGACUACCCUUUUUCCCCAAUCCACUUUGAAGGCUGCCGGUGAAACGACCGGCGGAAAGAGAGUGCAUUUCUCGACUCUCGUCGAAAUUUUUAUCUUGAAAAUACUGGAAGGAAUGGGAAGAGUUCGUUUCAAUCUCCACGCUGUGAAGCUACUUAUCGGCCGUCGACAGGUCCACGGAUCGCCGCUUUCCGGUUCAGAUGUCAAGUUGCGGCGGCCGCAACCUGCUUUACCAAAGUCAUUACCGAUUCCCGACCUUCAUAAUCCGUAUUUGAAUCAAAGCGCUAAUCCUCCUCAAGCUAAGUACUCGCAGCAGGAGUUCGCGACCCUCUGUUGUCUUCUGAGAGAUUCCAAUCUCUCUCCCGGUUCUUCCCUCCAGAAUGCUUUGGACCAAACGGGAAUCGAGCCGCAGCAGCCUGGUCUGUUAGAGGCGGUCUUUGAGAAAUUCGAUUCGUCUCCGAAAUUGCUCUACUCAGUGUUUCAAUGGGCCGAGACGAGACCAGGGUUUCGGUGCUCGGAGGUGCUCUUCAACUCGAUGAUCAACGCACUUGGGAAAGCGAAGGAAUUCGACUCUGCAUGGUCUCUGGUUCUAGAUAGGAUUGAUGGAGAUAAAGAUCUUCAGUUGGUUUCCAGUGAUACAUUUGCCAUUCUCAUCAGAAGGUUUGCUCGUGCAGGAUUACCUGAAGCCGCAAUCAGGACAUAUGAGUAUGCAAGAAAUCUGGACUUGGUUGAGAAGCCAGAUGCUGGAAUGCGCUUUCUUGAGGUUUUGUUAGAUUCUCUUUGUAAGGAAGGGCAUGUUCGGGUGGCUGCAGAGUAUUUCCAGCGUAAAAAGAAGAUGGAACCUUGCUGGGUUCCCGCAAUUCGUGUAUAUACUAUACUUUUGAACGGGUGGUUUCGGUCAAGGAAGCUCAAACAUGCAGAGAGACUUUGGUUUGAGAUGGAGAGGGAUGGUGUGAAACCGACUGUUGUGACCUACGGUACCCUUGUAGGAGGGUACUGCAGAAUGCGUCGUGUUGAGAUUGCACUUGAUUUGGUGGAUGAAAUGAGAAGAAAAGAAAUCAAGCCCAAUGCUAUCAUCUACAAUACAAUUAUUGAUGCACUAGCAGAAGCCGGCAGGUUUAAUGAGGUUUCUGGGAUGAUGGAGCACUUGUUACUAUGUGAAUCAGGCCCUACUCUCUCCACAUAUAAUUCUUUGGUUAAGGGGUACUGCAAAGCUGGAGAUCUUGUGGCCGCUAGCAAGAUCCUUAGAACGAUGAUCGACAGAGGAUUCAUUCCAACUUCUACCACAUAUAACUAUUUCUUCAGGCAUUUUUCAAAGUUCCGGAAAGUUGAGGAGGCAAUGAAUUUAUAUACCAAGAUGAUUGAUUCUGGAUAUUCCCCUGACCAUCUCACUUACAAUCUCUUGUUGAAGUUAUUGUGCGAGGACGAACGGCUAGACUUAGCUGGUCGGAUUAGCAAGGAAAUGGAAGUGAGAGGAUGCGAUAUGGACUUGGCGACUAGCACAAUGUUGACUCAUCUACUGUGCAAGAUGCACAGAUUUGAAGAGGCAAUUGCAGAGUUUGAGAAGAUGUUGAGGAAGGGUCUAGUCCCUCAGUUCCUUACUUUCAAACGAUUGCAUAACGAGUUAAGCAAGCGAGGGAUGAAUAAGAUGGCUCAGAAACUAAGGACCAUGAUGUCGUCUGUCCCUCAUUCCACAGAAUUACCCAAUACCUACGAUGGCGAUGGAGAUUCAUCGCGAUACGCAAGGAGGAAAUCUAUUUUGCACAAGGCUGAAGCUAUGUCUGAGAUUCUGAAGACGUGCAACGACCCAAGGGAGCUUGUUAAGGGUAGAGGUCCUUCUCCGCAUCCUCUAUCGAGUGCUCAUCAGUUGACGAUGGAUAUCAAACGGAGAGCAAACUGAUAUGAGAAAUAAUUCAAGUAUUAGAGGGCCAAUUCUCUCUUCUGCACUUGUUAUACGCUGGCCUAAGUGUCAUAUAUGCAUGAAUUAGAGCUCAAAGGCCAAAGAAGUUGGCCGAGACUCGAGAAGAGGGUAACUGACGUUGCGUUUGGGACACAGAAGAAAUGGUUUCUUAAUUGAGUUUUGAAGAAAGGUUUUGGCCAUGGGGCCAAGUUCAGCGUAUACCCAUUUGUUAAUUUCCAUGGAGCUUGGCGCAAGACAUGGUCCACAAAAGAGAACAUUUUGAAGGGUGCAAGACACACCAACCGUAUGAGAGUGUUAAAAAUUCUUGCUUCAACUCCAGAUUGCGAUGGCUGGAAGGGGUCCCCAACUGCUGCUGGUAAUCACCUCAAUCGAUUCCUUUUGAAUUAUUGGCAUAAUAAUAAAAGAAAGUAAGCUUAUUUGCUUUGUCGAUUGCUAUUCAGACACACAAGUGAUGAUGGUUUUCUUUUGUCAUGCUCGAUUAUUAAUAAUCAGACUAGUCGGCUGCAAAGAAGAAGAAUUGCAGAGGGGAUCGGAUAAUGGGGGAGAUUUUAGGGCUAUGGUUUUGGUUGGUGGAAUGUGACCUAGCUGGGUGGAAGAUUUGUGUGAUCAAAACAAAACCAAAUGUUGGAAGGGAAAUGGCGCCCCCCUGCAUAAAGUUGAGCACUUGAGAUAGUGCAUAUUGGCUGAAGAAUAAUGUUUGCUGGCGUGUGAAUAUUUGUGGAUUCUCCAUUUCCAUGUUGCUCUCUGUCUCUCUCUCUCUGGUUUAAAGUGGCAACUUAGACUAGGGUGAUGAUGAAAUGAUUAGAUGUGAAAAAACCAAAUGUAAAGGUUGUGUAAUACAUUCAAGCUUGAACUUUUGGGUGCAUAUUAACUGUUAUAAUGUGCCAACCUCCUUUUGCCAUACGCCAGUCUAGGUCCUUGUAAAUUCUCUUUCUCUCAAUGUAAGGACUAAGAAGUCUUAUGUAUGGAUUGUUUGAGUAACGAAAUUUGUCUUCUAAAUAUAGAGUAUUUGUCCCACUUAUGAUGGUCGUACAACUCAGUUCGAUAUAGUGUGUAGUGUUUUCGGAGAAGACGUGGUAAUGUCAUCUGAUGUAGCGUGCUCAAACAUGAAAGCAAAACAGGCCUUUCUUUAUAAAAAUGGUAUAACAUU